AUGUCGUUAGCUGAUGAACUUUUGGCUGAUCUUGAAGGAGCAGAGACAUCUGAGGAAUUAAUUGCUGACUCAAGUCUUCAUGAACUAGAAGAUGUUACUUUAUCAAGUGUAAACAAGUUGGAUGAUUUUCUGUCAGAUGGAACCAGUUCGGGAGUUAAAAGUGCAUUUAAAGCAACUUCAUUUGCUGAUGCUCCAAUCAGUGCUUAUGCAAAAUUGAGAAAUAGUGAUAAGCUAACCAAAGUCAUGUCAGAUCUUGAUUAUUUUGCUAAUCAAAAGAAAAGUGAUCGAAUACAUGGGCCUGUUGAAGCUGAUCCCGAAUAUCAGUGUAUUGUUGAAGCUAACAAUCUUAUGGUGGAAAUAGAUAAUGAAAUCAGACCGUGUUAUGCUGACUGGUCGUCAUCUCGUAAGAGACGUCGUAUGCAUUAA